AUGGCUGAAGCUGUGAGGGUGGACAAGUUGAUGGCCUUUGGGAUGCACCUGGGGACAGAAGCUGAGUCAUGGGCCUGGGAGCACUCUGUUGGGAUCAUCUGUUUUCCUAGUCUCCAAAGACUGGCAGAAGAGGUUUCCGAACAGCUUGUCCAAGAACUGCAGAAGGCCCUUGUGGGGAAGCCUGCAGAGCAAGCACGGGUGGCAGUGGGGAAGUUGCUGCGGUGGAGGGGAGAUGUGGACCAGGGUGGCUACCUGCUCCUGAAGUCGGUGUAUGUGCUCACAGGUACAGACUCGGAGACACUGAGCAGAGUUGCUGAGUCUGGGCUUCCAGUCCUGCUCCUACAGUGCCUUUACCUCUUCUUUGUCUUCCCUCUGGAAAAGGAUGAGCUUUUUGAGAAUGAUGUUCAAGUUCAGAGGAUGUUUGUGCAGAUGUUGCUCAACAUUUGCAGCGAGCCUCAAGGUCUGGAGGGACUCCUCUCAGGAAGUGAGCUCCAGUCUCUACUGAUUGCCACGACCUGUCUUCGAGAGCACAGCUGCAGCUUCUGGAAAGAGCCCACCUUCUGUGUGCUGAGGGUGAUCUCCAAGGCCCAGAACCUCAGCGUCAUCCAAUACCUGCAGGCCAUGGACUGUGUCAGGCUUUCCCUCCAGAACCUCUCCAGGCUCGCAGACACUCUCCCUGCCCCUGAGGUGAGCGAGGCUGUGAGCCUCAUCCUGGGCUUCGUGAAGGACUCCUACACGAUCUCCUCGGCUCUCUUCCUGGAUUUUGAGAAUGCGGAGGGUUACCCUUUGCUGCUCAAAGUGUUACUUCGAUAUGAUGGGCUGACCCAGAGCGAAGUGGACCCGCACCUGGAGGAGCUCCUUGGGCUGGUGGUGUGGCUGACAACCUGUGGAAGGUCAGAGCUGAAGGUGUUUGAUAGCAUCACUUACCCUCAGCUUGAAGGCUUCAAGUUUCAUCACAAGUCUUCUGGGGUGACCGUUAAGAAUCUUCAGGCCUUCCAGGUCCUGCAGAAUGUUUUCCAAAAAGCCAGCAACUCUGUCCUCUGCAUACAAGUCCUGUCGGCCAUUAGGACCAUGUGGGCCUGGAAUGCUCGAAACUUCUUCCUGCUGGAGUGGACCCUGCAGCCCAUCUCCCAGUUUGUGGAGAUAGUGCCCCUGAAGCCAGCCCCAGUGCAGGCACACUUCUUCCAGCUGCUGGAGGCCCUCGUGUUCGAGCUGCACUACGUGCCCCAUGAGAUUCUGCAGAAGGUGCAGCAACUGAUCAAGGAGAGCUCGGAGACUUCCUGCACCCUUGUGGCCCUGCGGAGUAUCCUCAGCAUUGCUGGUGGUGACCUGCUCUUCACUGACAUCUUCCGGGACUCAGGGCUCCUGGGCCUGCUGCUAGCACAGCUGCGGAAGCAGGCCAAGAUCAUGAGGAAGUCAGGAAACAAAGAGUGUGCUCCUGGCACUCAGGAUCUAGAACGAGAACUCACCUGUGUGAUGCUGAGGACUGUGGUCACACUUCUGAAAGGCUCGGUUCGGAAUGCGGUUGUCCUGAAAGACUAUGGAAUGGUGCCAUUCAUCAAGAUCUUCCUGGACGAUGAGUUCUACCGGGAAGCCUCACUCAGCAUCUUGGAGCAGCUCUCAGCCAUCAACACUGAGGAGUACAUGAGUAUCAUUGUGGGUGCACUGUGCUCGUCCACUCAAGGGGAGCUGCAGCUGAAGUUGGAUCUCCUGAAGUCUCUGCUCCGGAUCCUGGAGACCCCCAAGGGUCGUGCUGCUUUCAGAGUCUCCAGUGGGUUCAAUGGGCUGCUGUCCCUGAUUUCUGACCUGGAAGGCUCCCUCCAUGAGCCCCCACUACAAGCGUGGGGGACAGUGUCUGCCGACCAGACGCUGGAGCUUGUGCUGCAUACUCUCUGUGCUGUGUCUGCGGCGCUGCACCAGGACCCUGUCAACAGUGACUUCUUCAGAAGGAACAGGCUCUUUGAGAAACUGACUGAGGACCUCUGCUUGCUGGGCUGUUUUGGGGUCCCAGAGGAAGAGGACACCCCUCUGCACUCCUGGGCUGACACAAAGACCAGGUCAUUUGCUGAUUUUUUGAGUGCUGCCUUUUCCCCUAGCAGCUUACUUCCAUCCCAGAUACAAAGCUGCCUACAGAUCCUCAGUUUCCUGGAUGGCAUGGUCAGUGGCACCCUCCACCUGCGCAGGGAUCUGAAGGAAUCUCUCAGGGCUGGGCAGAAGCCAGUUGUGGAAGUCCAGAAGGGAGAAACCCGCAGUGACCUCCAAGGCAACUUCAAGCGGUGGCCAGACCUGGAGGAGAGGAUGGAUGAAGGUGAUGCUGUGAUCAUGAAUCCUGGGAUCAUGUGUAUCAUGGUGAGGCUGCUGCCUCGGUUGUACCAUGAAGAUCACCCACAGCUUUCUGAAGAGAUCCAGUGCUCCCUGGCCAAUCACAUUCAGUCCCUGGUGAAAUCAGAGAAGAACCGCCAGGUCAUGUGUGAGGCAGGGAUGCUUGGGACCCUCAUGACUUCCUGCCACAAGGUCAUGACCAUCUGCAGCAACCCUCUACACUCACGCCUCAUCAGGAUUUUUGAAAAGCUUGCUUCCCAAGCCAUCGAGCCGGAUGUAUUAAGACAGUUUCUAGGUCUUGGAAUUCCCCCACCUCUGUCAUCUGCAAUGAAAAUCCUCAAUGCGUCUCAUUUGCACAGAAGCAACUCAGGAUGCUCAGGAUCACAGACUGCAGCACCAGGAGUGGCUGAAGGACCUUGUGGAGCUGCCCCAGAUGUCAGCCCACACCUGGGAGUUCAACAGGCCCUGAGGCUCUCGGGGGUGUCUCAGGGUUCAACCACUGCCCUUCAGACAGCACUGAGUCUCAUCUCCAUGACUUCCCCACGAAACCUGCAGCCUCAGAGGGCAGCCUUGGCUCCGUCUUUUGUGGAAUUUGACAUGUCUGUGGAAGGUUAUGGUUGUUUGUUUAUUCCGACCCUGUCUACGGUUAUGGGAGCCAGUACUGAAUACUCCAUCUCUGGAGGGAUUGGGACAGGUGCUGCCAGAUCAUUCCCUCCACCCGGGGGCCUGACUUUCUCCUGCUGGUUCAUGAUCAGUCGGCUUGCGGCUGUCACUGAUGGCCAUCCACUGCACUUCCUAACCCUGGUACGCCACUUGGCCAGGACCGAGCAACCUUUCAUCUGCUUUUCUGUCAGCCUCUGCCCGGAUGACCUCUCCUUGGUUGUGUCUACAGAAGAGAAAGAGUUUCAGCCCCUGGAUGUCAUGGAACCUGAGGAUGACUCUGAGCCCUCAGCAGGACGCCAGCUUCAGGUCAGGUGUGGCCAGCUCCUGACUUGUGGUCAGUGGCACCACUUGGCUGUGGUUGUCACUAAAGAAAUGAAAAGAAACUGUACCGUUUCCACCUAUCUGGAUGGGCAGGUCAUUGGCUCAGCCAAGAUGUUGUAUAUUCAGACCUUACCAGGACCUUUCCUCUCAAUGGAUCCAUCUUCAUUUGUGGAUGUUUAUGGAUAUAUUGCUACCCCUCGAGUUUGGAAACAAAAGUCAUUGUUAACUUGGCGUGUUGGCCCUACAUACCUCUUUGAAGAAGCCGUUUCAGUGGAAACUCUGGAAGUUAUUAACAAACUUGGCCCAAGAUACUGUGGUAGCUUCCAAGCUGUGUUUGCCCAAGGAGAGGACCUGGACAGUGAAGCCAUGCCUCUUGUUGCAGAGGAAAAGAUUUCCUUUGGACUUCACAUAGCCAGUUCCUCCAUCACCAAUGUAGCAGACAUCAGAAAUACUUACAAUGAGGUGGAUAGCCGCCUGAUUGCCAAAGAGAUGAACAUUUCAUCCCGUGACAAUGCUGUGCCUGUGUUCUUGCUGAGAAAUUGUGCUGGCCACCUGUUGGGUUCUCUGCGGACCAUUGGAGCUGUUGCUGUGGGUCAAUUAGGGGUGAGAGUGUUCCACUCUAGCCCUGCUGCCAGCAGCCUGGACUUCAUUGGCGGGCCUGCCAUUCUCCUGGGUCUCAUCUCCUUAGCGACAGAUGACCACAUGAUGUAUGCAGCUGUGAAAGUUCUGCACUUGGUCCUGACCAGUAAUGCCAUGUGUGACUGCCUGAUGCAACACAUCUGUGGGUACCAGAUAAUGGCAUUUCUCCUGAGGAAAAAGGCCUCUCUCCUAAACCAUCGGAUUUUUCAGCUGGUCCUCUCAGUUGCUGGCACUGCAGAACUGGGCUUCAGGUCAUCUGCUAUCACCAAUAUCGGUAUCUUCCAGCACAUCCUCUGCAAUUUUGAGCUCUGGAUGAAUACUGCAGACAACCUGGAGCUUGCCCUCUUUUCCCAUCUUGUGGAGAUUCUUCAAUCACCAAGGGAAGGACCCAGGAAUGCUGAAGUUGCCCACCAGACACAGCUUAUACCCAAGCUUGUCUUCCUCUUCAAUGAGCCGAGCCUUACCCCCUCCAAGAUCACCACCAUCAUUGCCAUCCUGGGCUGUCAACUGAGGGGCCACUUUAGCAUCCAGGACUUGCUCAGGAUCGGGCUGUUUGUUGUGUACACCCUCAAGCCUUCAUCAGUGAACGAGAGGUCGAUCUGUGUGAAUGGAGCCCUGGACCCCUCCUUGCCUGCUGGAAGCCAAACAUCUGGAAAGACAAUCUGGCUCAGAAACCAGUUGCUGGAGAUGCUGCUCAGUGUAAUAUCUUCUCCCCAACUUCAUUUGUCCCCUGAGUCAAAGGAAGAGAUGUUUCUGAGCCUAGGGCCAGACUGGUUCCUGCUGCUCCUGCAGGGCCACCUGCAUCCCAGCACCACUGUGCUGGCACUGAAGCUGCUGUUACACUUCCUUUUACACCCCACCCUCCGUGGAAGAUUUAAAGAUGGCCUGUCUGCGGGAUCCUGGGUGGAACGCAGCACUGAGGGCAUGGACAUUGUGAUGGACAACCUGAAGAGCCACCCUCCAUUGCCUGAGCAGAGCCCCUGCCUUCUUCCUGGGUUCCGCGUCUUGAACGACUUUCUGGCCCACCACGUUCACAUUCCGGAAGUCUACUUCAUCGUUUCCACCUUCUUCCUGCAGACACCACUCACAGAGCUGAUGGACGAGCCCAAAGACAGUCUUGAUGCCAUGCUCCAGUGGCUCCUGCAGAAACACCACCAAGAAGAAGUACUCCGGACUGGGCUGUGCACAGAAGGUGCUCUGCUGCUCCUGGAAAUGCUGAAAGCCACCAUAAACCAGUCCUUGGCAGGUACAGAAGACGGCGCCUGGGAACAGUCCUUCCCAGCCAGUGUGCUGAAGUUCCUUAGCCUUGUGCACCACAACUACCCCCAGGACCCAGCAUGGCAAGCCCCAGAGUUCCUCCAGACCUUGGCCACAGCCACCUUCCCUCUUGGAACCCAAAAGGGGGCUGGAGCUGAGUCCACCUGGAACGCCAGCAGUCCUGAGGCCCCAACUAAAAGCGACAGCACUGUGGAGGGUCACCAGGCUCCUGCCAAGUCACAUCCUGCUCGAAGGCAACUAAGGGAGUUCACACAGCUCCUCUUGAGGGAGCUCCUGCUUGGGGCCACCAGUCCCAAGCAGUGGCUGCCCUUGGAGGUGAUCCUGGAGGCUUCUCCAGACAAUGCCACCAGCCAACAGAAGCGAGACUUCCAGUCUGAAGUCUUGCUUUCCACCAUGGAAAUAUUCCACGUAAUGAGUGGAGUCAAUGCACCAGUACUUAGAGGCAGUAAGGAGUCUCAGCCCAGUGCAGAAGCUGUUGCUGCCCCUUCACUUGCAAAUGUCUCCUACUUCACCCAGAAGCUGGUGGAGAAACUGUAUGGUGGGAUGUUCUCGGCAGAUCCCAGACACAUCUUUCUCUUCAUCCUGGAGCACAUCAUGGAGAUCCUCGGUCCCCAUUACAUGCUGGAGACCUUUUCUGAAAAGCCUCUGUGCACCUUUUGCUUGAGACUUCCCUGUGUCAUCGAGACUGCCUCUUCUCAAAGGGACACUGUUGUCAGUGCUCUAUACAGCAGUUUAAAUAAAGUCAUUCUUUAUUGCCUCUCCAAGCCCCAGCAGUCCUUCUCUGAAUGCCUCAGUCUUCUCAGCACCCUGGGCUUUCUACAGGAACACUGGGAUGUUAUCUUUGCUACCUACAAUUCCAAUGUCAGCUUCCUCCUGUGUCUCAUGCAUUGCCUUUUACUGCUCAAUGCAAGAAGUUAUCCAGAAGGAUUUGGUUUGGAUCCCAAGCCUAGAAUGUCUCCUUAUCAUCAAGUCUUCCUUUCCCCAAAUGAAGACGUGAAAGAAAAAAGAGAAGACUUCCCAAGUUUGAGUGAUGUCCAGCACAACAUCCAGAAGGUAGUGCAGACUCUCUGGCAACAACUUGUGGCACAGAGGGGACAGGCACUGGAGGAUGCCCUCAAGACUGAUCUCUCUGUGAAACCUGGAGAAAGCGAAGUGAAGAUUGAAGACGUCACUCCACUCUGGGAGGAGAUGAUGUUCAAGGCCUGGCAGCAUUACUUAGGUCUCUGUCCACUUGGUUCCAGGGAAUGGGAACUCCUGGGUCUCAUAAAGCCACAAUCCUCCAAGGUUCCACUCAGGGCCCACAGCCUUUUCCACCCAGACCCUAUGCCUUAUCCCUUCAGUGGAUAG